AGGUAAUCCAAUGAGACAGAGAGAGGGGAGAGGCAGCGCAAAGGCAACGCCUCACAACACCGGGAAUCUCUCUCUCGCUCUCCAUCUCUUUGACUCCCCCACCCUACUCUUUCUUCUGCCUGUGAAGCGUAAAAAAAAAAAAAAAACCCAAGGACCCUCGUUCUCCAUCCAGUCUUCUCUUUGUGGCUGAGGAGUGCCAUCGUAUUUCAGGCAAUUCUCUCAUCCAUAAUUCAGCUCUAAUCUCCUCCUUCCAUUGGAUCUUUGCCCUCGGGAGGGAAAAACAGGAUGAUUUGAUGACUGGAAUCCAGCGUUAUUCCUCUUAAUUCUUUGGGAGACAAGGAGCUAUCUUUGUUCUUGCGGUCACAGCUGCUGAGUGGACCAGUAGCUGCUAGUGGGGAAAUAGGUUAGUGUGCCUGUUCGGUGCCAGACAGCAGAGGUGACUGCGUGCUCGGUGCACGGAGGAGAUGAAGAGGAAGGGAUUGCCUUUUUGGCGGUAGCAUCCUCCAACCUUUUGCAACCAUUCGCGGAGAAGGUGACCGGGGAUGUUCCCGCUUCACUCCGACCUUUAGUGGGAGUGUCAGUGACUGAUUUCAGGACAGACAAAAGAAGAAAGAGCCUGAGACCGGCCGUUUGUUUUUUGUUUUUUUCUUUUUUGUCGUGCAUAUAACAGGACUUUACCUGUGUGGCCCAAAGGCUCGCAUCCGUCACAAUGGACAUCAACCUCCAGUCGCAUCGAUUCUACUUCCCCCAGAUCUACUGCGCUGAACCCGGUGUGCAGCCGCAGCUCACCGAGUUCAAAGUCAGUGAGCAGAGCAUCUGCCAGGCGCGGGCCUCCGUCAUGGUCUACGAUGACACCAGCAAGAAGUGGGUCCCCAUCAAGCCUGGCCAGCAGGGGUUCAGCCGCAUCAACAUCUACCACAACACUGCCAGCAACACCUUCAGAGUGGUGGGCGUCAAGCUGCAAGACCAGCAGGUGGUUAUCAACUACUCUAUAGUGAAAGGUCUCAAGUACAACCAAGCCACCCCGACCUUUCACCAAUGGAGGGACGCCAGGCAGGUCUACGGCCUCAAUUUCGCCAGCAAGGAGGAGGCCACCACCUUCUCCAACGCCAUGCUCUUUGCCCUCAACGUACUCAGCGCUCAGGAUGGAGGUCCAGCUCUCCAACGUCAGGUCCAGAACGGCCCCACUUCAGAUGAGAUUGAAGCUCAGCGAGCAAGGCAAAUGAUGGAACAGCAGCAGCAGAUGCAGGCACACAUGGAGCGGGAACGGCGGUCCUCCAACUCAGGUUCUCCUUUCCAAGGCCACCCUGCUGUGCUCUCCGUAGCUCCACCCGUAGUACCUCCCCCUGCAAACAUGGGCGGCCCUCCCCCUCCUCCGCCACCACCGGGGCCCCCGCCGCCAUCCGCAGCGGGCCCCCAGCCUCCUCUCCCUCCUCCGCUGCCUAUAGGAGGAGGCAACCAGGGGGACGAGGCACCUGCACCAACGGGUCUCGCAGCAAUGAUCGCUGGGGCCAAACUACGCCGUGUCCAAAGGCCUGAGGACAGCUCUUCGGGUACCAAGAAUGAAGCCAACCGAACGAGUGGUGGGAGUGGAGGACUGAUGGAGGAGAUGAACGCCCUCCUGGCACGAAGAAGGAAAGCAGCUUCAGAGAAGCCUGACGACAGCCAAAACGAUGAUGCAAACUCUCCCUCAGCCAACACUCGGGGUGCACAGAACUCUGCAGACGCCGCAAAGAAGCCCUGGGACCGAGCUAACUCAGCAGACAGGUCGAUGGUUUCGAGGUUACGAACGGCAGGAAGUGUCAGCGACACAGACUCGUUAGAUCUUGAUAGGAUGAAACAGGAAAUCUUGGAUGAGGUUUUCCGUGAACUACACAAAGUGAAGGAUGAAAUCAUCGAUGCCAUUAGAAAUGAACUCAGUCGAGUUAGCACGACAUAAUCUUUGAGGCCUGAAUCGCUUUCUUCGAACCGUUGCCCCGUGUAGCCGCUGCUGAGGCCCUGAAGACGAGGAGGAGGAGGAGGAGAAGGAGAAGUCAGGAACCGAGGCCCAAACUGUGACAUCUUCUACUCAUCGUGUUCAGCUGUUGUGUUGAAGCAACGCGGCUCGGUCACUGUUAACACCUCAGACGUGUCCGUGUAACAUUUGGUUCGUUUUUACAGGAGGACGUGAAUGGGCCACUCUCUCGCACUGAUACUCUGUUUUAUUAACAUGUCUCUGUCUGUUUGUCUGCCCAUCUCUCCCCUCUGCCUUGGACCCAAAAGAAACUUGCAAAAUAUGAAAAUUAUUUUAUUAGUUUUGCAUUUUUUUGAAGUUAUUUAUGUUUCGUUAAGAAUAUGCUUUUCAUUAUUAUUACUAUCAUUGUGAUUGUUAGUGUGUUGAAACAAGAUGUCAGAAAACACUUGUAAUAUUGGAGGAAAUUAUGACAUUAAUAUGAUAGUAAUGAUAUUGUUUUAUUGCACAUCAGUGCAAGUUUUUUUUUUUUGUAUUUUAUAUCUUAUUUAGAUUUCUUUGAGCUAUACAAGCAGUUCCUAUUUUUUGCUGUCAUCACCUGACCUGAAAUAUUUUUUGUUUAGUUAUUUAUCCUUUUUCGCCAACACCUGUACAUUUGGAACCACAGCAGAAACUCAAAGAAGAAGAAAAAUAGGUUUCAACGUGAAACCGAGAAUAAAAUAAACUUCUUUUGAUAAUGCUAUCUUCUGAGGUAAAAACAAACAAACAAAAAAAAACACACCAGAGUAUUUGUGAUCAUGUUGUUAAUAAAAAUGUUUAUUGGCUGCAAGGAAAUGGUGAAAUAUUGUUCAUUUUAUUGUCUCCCUUUUAUGACAAAGUGCUUCCUGGUUUGAGGAAGAAGAAAAAAAAGAAACAAUGCGUUUCAAAUGAAUUCAAAUAAAACUGUGACCAAUGAUUUGGAUAAA